AUGAAGUUGAUCGUAGCAAUAGGUUUGCUCUGCCUUGUGGCGGUGUACGCCAGAGAACUAGAUGAUGACCAAAAAGACUUGGUAACAGCCGCCAGCGGAAAAUCCCAUAAGCAUGAAGAAGGAGGUGGCAAGGAGCAUCACUCUCAUCAUCAUCAUGAACACGGAGAAAAGGGACACAAGGGCCACAAAGGACACCAUCACCACCAUAAAGGAGAACAUGGUGAUCACGGAAAACACCACCACGCUGGGCAUCAUCACGAGCAUGGCGGUGGUCACAAAAAACACUGGGAUGAACAUGACCAUCACGGUCAUCAUCACGAACAUGGACAUCAUCAUAAAGGCGAAAAACAUGGACAUAAAAAACAUCAUGACAAGGGAGAGAAAACAGAUGGUUACCACAAAAAAUACCACAAGGACAGCUACCAUAAGGAUCAUCACUUCUACGAUGACCACCACCAUGAAGGAAAGCACCACAAGCAUGGAAAACAUCACGGCCAUCACGAAAAGCAUGGAGGAGACCACAAAAAGGGAGGUCAUCAUGAAAGUGGACAUCAUGACCACCAUCAUGGCAAACAUGGUCAUCAUGACAAGCAUCAUUACGAUGAAGAUCACCACGGUCACAAGGGACACCAUGGACACGAAGAGCAUCAUCACCAUCACCAUGACCACGGCAAGAAAGGUGGACACCAGGACCAUAAGGAAUGGGGCUUCCAUCAUGGCAAACAUUAA